AUGGCGCUUCUACUCGCACCGUACAAUGAUUCCAUGCGGUUGGGAAUGGGGUUCAAUUCGUAUACCCAAAUCAUGUGUAUUGAUCAAGCCGUCGAGAUCACAGCUGGCAACACGGUCACGGCUCGAGCAGAAAACCCAUCCCAAGUCGUAUCCUAUUCCUCGCGGUUUGUGGAGAAACUAAGCGAUGUGGUGAAUUCCAUGAAUAUCUCCUACGGCUCCUCAAUCAAGAGAGGAACAGUCGAAAUAUCAGGUAAUGCGAGCUCGGUGGACGAAGACAAAAUCAAAGCGUCCGACCUCAACGCGAUAGUUGCAGUGAAGGUAGUCGUGAAUCAAACUACGACCCUUACGGAUAGUUGUCGGUUCAAGCCAAUCGAAAGAAUGUUACCUGAUUCUCCAAGAUUCAAUGAAGUAUAUGGAGAUUGCUACAUAUCUGGCUUCAUCGAGGGAGGGCAAUUUACUGGCAUUAUGUCAAUCCGAAUCCUUGACCGAAGCAAGGUUGAAAAAACUUCAGCUUCGAUCAAAAACGCUGUAAGCACUGGCAGCAAGGGUGAUUUUACCCUGAAUUCCUUCAAUGUCGCCGCGGACGGCUCGGGAAGCGGAGCUUUGAAAGACACAGAAACGACCAUCUCUGUCAGCUGGAUGGGGGGUGGCCAAGUAAAAGAUCCUAAAAAAUCAUGGGACAUGGAUUCAAUGUUCACGGCCGCUGCAGCUUUCCCGGCGCAAGUAGCUAAGUGCCCUCAGCGGACAUGGGCAGUCCUGAUCAAAUAUAAAGCAAACCGCAGCUUUGUUGAGUGGUCCGAGAACAAGAAAUUUACACCGCUGGAGUACGAAAACAUCAGCAGUUUCACAGGAGAGCUUUUCGAGAACUUCAUGGAAUAUAAACUUCUCCUGAAGAAAGUCCAAGACAUGCUUCAAAACCGAGACUCCUAUGAAGUCCAACCUGACCGACAUAAUGCGAUCACCACGGACGUGCCAACCCUGAUAGCUGUCAGGUCGGCAAUGCACAAUGAGAUGAACAAGAUCGUGGAAGCUGUCGACGUGCUUGCUAAGGAUCCUGGCAUCUUGAAGCGUCAAAAAUCGAAUUAUGAGCUCCCUACCAAUACCCUUGUCAGAAGCAUUUUGCUUGAGGCGAGGCAUGGUCGCUUCAGCAGCGCCCAUCCACCGGAAGAUGACAAGACCAAAACCGCUCCUGCCGGGAACGCCGGGAAGUCGAACGAUUCGUCCAGCGAAGCAGACGGAAAUCUGGAGCGACCUAUUGCCUCUCCCCAAAGCAGGUCACCUGGCGCCUCCGGCCCUGACCAAACUGUACCGUUUACAGCAGGGUUUCCUCCUCCGCCAGAGGCCGACAAGAAGCCUGAGACUGAGGGAAAGUCGGACAAAGCACCCGUCGCUGUAGCGAAUCCAGAGCCUGUUAAGCUGAAGAUCCACGCAGCUAGCUGGGGCGGCGCUGAUGUGACCUCGCACAUGGAUCGCCUCAUUAGCGACGAUCAUCAAACGCUAACACUUGACACAAAUGUUUGUCUUGGUUACGCGGAGCACAGUGGGGUGCAGAAGAUCACACCUACCGCAGCCAGCGAGAAAGCAAACAUCAAGAGGGUCGGAACUGCUCCGCGACGAGCAGGCAGCAAUCUGUACCUUAUCGCCGUACUCUACGGUGAUAAAGUCAUCGCACUGCCGACGGUGUAUAAGAAGAUCCACAAGGCGGCUGAAAGCAAGCAGCCAUUUCCCGUCUCGAAUGCGUUCUUCAAAGGAGAUCCGUGA